CACAAACAGGGCCUUAUCGAACGCGCUACGCUUAGAAAGGAGGUUCGGAGCCCAGAACGAUACCUCCGGAAGAACAAACCCGUGAACAUUAGGGAAGAUAGCUGGACACUUACAGUCGGGAUGAGACUCUAGAAAUUAGCAGAUUGGUAUCAGGAAGAAAAUUUGAAAUGGGUGACACCGAUCAGGAACAGCUGCGCUACAGGACGAUGAUCCUCAGUCUAAACAACAUGAUCAAGCCAGAAGAGGUUGUGUCGAUGAAAUUUUUGUGUCAAGAUUUCAUCAAAGCAGCCCAAAGAGACAAAAUAAAGGACUUUCUGGAAUUGAUAACUAUUUUGGAGGAAAGGAAGAAAGUAUCUUCAGAAAAGAUAGACUUUUUAACAUUUUUGUUAAAUAAUGCUACAAAGGGCCGAAGAGAUGUGUUUGAUGCAGUUCAUGAGUACCAGCCGCAGGAUGAAGUAAUGGACGCCACCCCUGAAUAUCCAGCACAGAGAGAUUAUUCCAAUCCAGAACUGAGGCAGCCAAUCGAUCUGCUAAAGCGGAAACUAGGACGAGACUGGCGGUUCUUUGUGAGGCAACUGGGGGUGGAUGAUGUCGAGAUUGACAAUCUAGCCGAUGCAUUUCCUCGGGAUGUGAAGGAACAAAUUCACAGAGCUAUCAAAAUUUAUUUGAAUGAAAAGAGAGAAAGGUCAUCCAAGCAAGAUCUUAUUGAUGCCUGUAAAAAGGUUCGAAGAAUGGACCUUGCAAGGAAACUGGAAGCUAAUGAAUAUAAUUAAUUUCAACCUGGGAAAACUGGUGAAACUGAACUGUAGACAAUGUCAUGUUCUCUCGCCAGUAGUGGAGUUCAAGCAACUCAUUUCUGAUAGAAUGGCAUGGAAUUGGAAUAUUUUUGGUUGCCUUUUUGUUACCCCUAAGAAGUGUACUGUUCACUUCAUUUGCCAACGGACGAAGUGAAGUUGUCAAAUUGUUUGUAUGUUAGCAUCAUUGUGAUGGAGUUUAUCACAACUUGGUGCAAUCAGACCAGCAUGUCUGAUUUUUUUACUAAAAAAUGAAGUUAAAUGGUCAGUGCUGCAUGUGAACAAUAAGGGUUAUGCCAAUUGUGGAUAUAAAUUACACCCUGUUGUUUCUGAGCAGCAUGGCAUCAGCUCCAAGGUCGUUUUGGAAUCAAGGUAGUAAGGAAAUUACACCAGGUCAUUUUAGGAAGCUGACAAAAAAAACCGCACAUCUUACAGUUAGAUUGGGUGGUCAAAGUUCUCUCCUGGUUCACCUGACACGACAUCUUAUGGUGGGGUUGUCACAUUGUCUCACUGGGAGGUGAGAUGUACUUUAUCAGAGUAAAAGAUCUGAUUUUAACAAGAUUUUGGAGCAACUUCAUCGCUUAAAAUGUGGAAUAUAUCUCAAAAGUGUCUUAUUUCAUGAAUAUCAGGUUUUGAUUUCACUCAAAGGAAAUAAUAUUGAGCAAAUAAAUACAUAUUUGACAGACAGUGAUAAUGUGGACAGUGAUUUAUGUUUAAGUUAAAGAGACGUCGGAUGAUUCUUUGAGAUAUAUUAUGUUCCAGUGGAUGAAAAUAACAUAAUUUAGGCACACAGCUAUGACAUUCUAAAGCUACCUAAGAUGGAAUCAAUGUGCAUGUUGUUACAAUCAAUAUGCGUCAUUUUAAAUUAGGUGAUUUAAGUGACGGCUAUCUGAACAUGUACUAAUGAGUAUUCAAAUAGAAUAUACAUUUGCAGUGUACACAAUAAAGCUAUAGGAAACAUCA